CUCUCUCUCUUCCUCUCCUCUCCUCUCUCUCUUCCCCUGCUCUCCUCCGCGGCGCUGCUGCUUCCUCGCCACGCCAGAGCUGAGCGAACCCCACCCAAUCCAAUCCCUCUCGUCCUCGCUUCCUCCUCCGCGCCGGAGCCCGCCGCUCGCCGAAGCCUAGCUAGGAUGGAGGAGGAGCCGCUUGCCGCCCGCGCCAGGAGGUAGGGGCGGGGGCGCGGCCGAUCGGCGGGGUGGGAGGGAGGGGAAUGAGGGCGCUGCAGCAGCGAACCAUGCGAGAUCUCUACGAUCAUACGCGGCACAAGGAUCUCGCGGCCCCCGAGGAACCAGCGGAAGGGCGCGGCGGAGGACGCGCGGAGGGGUCGGGGUACCGCGAACUGGUCCCCAAGGAGGACAAGGCUGCAGUAAGGAAAAGAUUGGUACCGAGCAAUAGCACUCGUUUGAAGGCAGAGUCAGGCACCUGUAAUGUCUGUUAUGCUCCUUGCUCCUCCUGCCUACACCGAAGUCUUGCAGUUGAGGAUUCAAAUGCUGAAUGUGCAUCAUCUCAAACAUGCUCUGCAAGGUCAGAAGUAAGAAACAAUUCACUCGUUCGUAGUGAGAAAGGGCUCCACAAUAAAGGAGAAAACGACGAUGAAUUUAGUGCAACCUCAGGUCAUGUUUCCUACUCUAUAACCGGUGGAAAUAAUAAAGUGUUCGCAAGACCAUCCAUUGCAGACGACUCUUCAGAGGUAGACAUGCCAGCAAAACGUAGAAGGCUAUUAAAUCAAAACAAAAAACAAUCUAGAGCAGAACACCAUGAUGACAGCAACUCGUGUGUUACUGGUACAUCAGCAGAAGGCAAGCUUCACGCGGAUAAGAAAAAACUAUCGACUUCUGCAUCCAGUCGAGAUUUGACUGCUAAUGAUUAUAAAGACAACAGCAUGGUUUGCCGCAGCAGAUUAAAAAAUCAAUGUGUUGAUGAAUCUAAGAAAGGAUCUGAUGCUCAUGACAUGCAUCCUAGCUCAUCUGGUAGACUGUUUCCUGCAGAUUCUCCUAUUUCAACAAAGAAGUUGCUGCGAACCCAGUCUUCUGUCAGUGCAUCAAGCAGAUUAUCUCCUAAGAAGAAAGCUCACGAAUGUGGGACAGUGCAAGAUAAUUCAUCUCAUCAAUCUUGUGAAAAGGUUUCUCUUUCAAAGAAUAACGUUGAACAACCGCGAGGUGGAAAACUGGACCCUUGUGUAGCUGGCAGCGGCAACCAUGGCACGUUGGCAGGUUACAGUAACAUAAAUGCAAACAAAGCCGGUUUCUCAUCGAAGGAUCUGGAGAAUGGCAGCUCAUGCCGAAAAGAUGAAAUUCAGGAACAUGCUGGCAUCCAAUCUAAUGAUGGUGUUACUAGGAAUGAGGGUGACAAACAAGAAUGGGAUCAAGAUUGUUCAAUGGAUAUUUCUAGUGAUGGAAAGUUGAAUAUACAACAUGACAUGAUGACAGACUGUGGGACUUCGGAAGGCUUGAUAGAUGUUAAUGUUUGUGAUAUAUGUGGAGAUGUUGGUAGGGAGUAUCUUCUAGCUACAUGUACUAGAUGCCUUGAGGGGGCGGAGCAUAUUUACUGCAUGCGAGUGAAGUUGGAUAAAGUCCCAGAUGGUGAAUGGUUGUGUGAAGAAUGCCAGCUUAGGGAGGAUCAGAACAAUACAAGAAGUAACUAUGGUGUCACGGCGGUUAAUAUGUCUGAAGGAAAGAAGAACCAAAGUUCAGAAAGUCGAAACAAGCCAAAGGCAUUGCAAAUUGUUGUGCCUGAAUUGGAUGCUCCCGAAAGCACACGCAGCACACCAAAAGCUGAUCAGUGUGAUGGUAAGAAUAAAAAAUUGCACUUAGCUUCAGCUGAUACACAAACACGGCAAGCAAAGGUUACCCCCCUAGCUUCUGAAAGACUGGAUGUGAAGAGCAAAAAAUUAUUGAGCAUUGCAAACCGUAACAAGCAAGUGCUUCCAUCUGAUUUGGAUGCACGGCCACACACUCAUGGAACACCGACGGCUGGAGGCUCAAACAAGAAAUGUCAAAGUUCAGAAUUUUUGUUAAACCGCAAGAAGUUGCGAGUUUCUACCGAUAUGGAGUCACCAUCUUCAAGUGAAGGCCUACGGAGUCCAACAAUGUCAUGUAAGAGACAGGCAGAGAAUAAUUCAUCCCCUAAGCCUAGGCUCUUAAAGACAGACAGCUUUAGAAAACAUGAUGUCAUCUCUCGUGAGAACUCGUUUAAGAAAUCAGACAAGGGAGGUUUAACUUCAGUUGAUAAUGCUCCAGUAAGAACUACUCAAGCAGUCAAAAAUUCUCAGGCCUUGUCACGGUCAUAUUCCUUGGGUAACAUGGUUGCUAAAACACCAGUUCCUUCACCAAAAGGUCUUUUGUCGAAGCAACUGUCUUUCAACAGCACCAACAAUGGACCAAAGGUCAAGCAGUUGGCUGAAGGGGUGGCUAGCAAGUUGAGACCUGCGAACCAUUCCCCAAGAGAUCCUAGAGAUAAGGGGGCCGUAAAAAAGCUCGUACAAUCUGGAUCUUUCAAACGCGAGGGUUCAGUUUGCUUAGAUGCUGGCUCAUCAAAACAAAAGCAAACAUUUCAUUUGUCUCAAGAUGAAAAACCAGGAAUAUUGAAGCCAGUGAAGGAAAAGAAUUUGAUGGAAAGAAGGGCUUCCUUUAGUUUUAAAAAACCGAGUAUUCCUUCAUCUCCAAGGCCUGACAGUUGUAUGAAGUUAGGUGAAAGAAAGAACGACCAGGAUAUUUCAAGGUCUGGAUCAAGCAUACUUAAAAGUAGCAAAAGACCUGGAAAUGUUGAAAAGAAGCAGAGCUCUGAUUUGUCUAAAAGUGACAAUGACAAGCAAGAUGUUACUAUACAUCCAAAAUCAAUGGGAGUUGUUUCUGGUAAAGUUGCUCAUGUACCUGAUCCACCAGUUUCAUCAAAAUGUGUCAAAAAGGAAAGCUCAAAUGGUGUGUCUAAAAGUGACAAUGACAAGCAAGAUGUUACUGUACAUCCAAAAUCAAUGGGAGUUGUUUCUGGUAAAGAUGCUCAUGUAUCUGAUCCACCAGUUCCAUCCAAAUGUGUCAAAAAGGAAAGCUCAAAUGAUGUUGAGGAUGAAGAUUUAUUCAUUUCAGUGAAAAAUGGUAGCAGAAUGCCAAAUGAGUCUGCAGAGGUGGUUCUCACAUCGUCUACUACCAUGACUUCUGAAUCAGGUUUGCGAGAUGUGGCAAUAGCAAGCACCUCCGAAGAUUCAGCUCCUAAAGUGGUAUGCUUCCAACAAAAGCCUUUGGAAAGCACAGGAGAUGACUCCUGUAAAAUUGUAGAGGCAGCUCAAGCAACAGGAAGUAUAUUGAAUGAGAUUCCACCCGGUGUUCAGAUGGCACACAAUCUAUACCCCCCUGAUGAUAAAUUGGAUAAACCUGAUUUGAAGCAGGAAGCUUUCAUGGAUCAAUCAUCAGCUCUUGAAAAUCCUUUAAGAGAUUUAGUUAUUCCAGAGCAGUCUUACAUCUGGCAGGGCAGCUUUGAGGUUUCAAGACAUGGAAACUCCCCUGAAAUAUUUGAUGGGUUUCAGGCUUACUUGUCUAUUUGUGCCUCGUCCAAAGCACGUGAAGUAGGUGAACAAUUACCAGAUAAAAUUCAGCUAGCAGAAGUUCCGCGGCUUUCCUCAUGGCCACUGCAAUUUAAAGAAGUAAAUCCAACUGAAGAUAAUAUUGCUCUUUUUUUCUUUGCUAAAGAUGUUGAAAGUUAUGAAAGGGCAUAUGGUAAACUUUUGGAAAACAUGCUUCUGGGUGAUUUAUCCCUUACAGCAAAUAUUAGUGGCAGUGAACUUCUCAUUUUUCCAUCCGAUAAAUUGCCAGAGAGGAUUCAACGUUGGAAUGGUUUACUUUUCUUUUGGGGCAUUUUUCAUGCCCGGAAAGCAAGUAGCCCACCGGAACUUCCUCUGACUGGGACAAAUAAUUGUUCAUUACAACAAAUCACUGGGUCAGAUGUGGGUUCCCCUAAAGCACUACAGUCUUUGGGUAUAGAUUUGAACGAGUGCCCCAAUGAUGAUAUAUCUGACCCAGCUAUUUCACUUGGAUCAGAGAGUGAGAAGUCUGGUGCAUUUGUAGAUCAUAAUACUUUUUUGGUGUCCAAACAUGAGGAUAGGAAGCUUAAUGCAAGUGAAAUACAUCAUGAAGAAACUGCAGACGCAAAACAAAUUAUACCAGGACAUCCUACUGCAGCUUCCUAUGGAAUUCAUCCUCCCACAUUAUCAACAGGAGAAGGUCAUGACAUGAUUCGGAAUUAUUCAACUGCUGCAAAAGGUAGCACAGGAACAGCAGGUAGAAACAAAAUGGAGGAAGAUCAGAAUGAAGCUCUCUUCUGUGCUGCACAGCAGCCAGGUGCCAUUGGGUCAAUCUCAGAUGAGAUAAAACCUAAGAAACAUGAUCUUCUGCCCUCUAUAGAAGUAUCACAACGUCAUUUUAUUGGAUCAAAGAUAUGUGAUGGUCCAAGCAAAUUAAUUCCAAAUUCAGAUAUGGGUUCUUUUGAUCCUGACCUCACCUACAAAAGGCAGAAGACUUCAUACGGAAAAUACUCUGCUUGCAGUUUUGGAGAUGAAAUGCAACCUAGCAAAUGCUUGUCCAAGAUACAUCCCUUACCGGUUGGACAGCAUAAUCCAUUUGAUGAUUUACAGUAUAAUUACAGGGUUCCCUCAGAUCCUGGCUCCCUUAAACAACCUGUACCUGAUCAUAUCAUCCACGUUCUUUCAUCUGAUGAUGAAGAUUCCCCAGAACCUAGUACUAGCUUAAAUAAGGCAUCACUGAAGGCAGAUGAGAGCUCCUCCCCAUUGUUGUCACUUUCCCUGUCUAUGGUGGCAACGAAGCAUAAUCUUUCUGGUUCAGAUAUUGUAGAUGAUGAACCGCUGUCUCUCUCUCUUGGGCUCCCUAGUGUUGUGGAAGGGGGUCGGGCUCUGGAGAUGAAGCAGUUUCUGCCGGAGAAGCCAGGCAUAAACACUUAGUGCUUUUUAGGUUUGCGAGUGUACAGUUUUGUGCUAUGUUUAGCUGUAUGGAGUUUAGACAGGGUAGAUGGUAUAGCUUUUAAAUUAUGAAACAUUUUGCCUUUUCUUUUCUCACUAUUACAUGCAUCUGCUGCUGUUGAUAGUGAUGCUGGUCUGAUGAUGUUACUGUCCGCCUUAUUUUAUGUGAUAUAUGGUGUUAGUUUCCCAUGAACUCUAUUGGUAUGACAUAAAAGGAUAUAUCAGAAUGUGAAUGUUUAUAAAUUCAAUUUUGCGUUGUGGAA